GGUGACCCAAUCGUAGGCCAGCUUGUAGCACAGCUGAGUCUUCCCUACUCCGGUUGGGCCUUGUAACAUCAUAGUAUGCUGGUCGAGAGGCACUUCGACGUCAACUUGUGUUCGGAACUUUUCGGAAGGAGCUCGAUCCAACCGGACAACCUUCAAAGACACAGAGCAUACACCAUAAGAUUCCAUCCUUACCUGCAAAGGGAUAUCCAUGGUCUGCACGUUGAUCCCAAAGGUUUUCCAUACCAAAGUUUCACACGCCCCGGCGCCUCCACUUCCAGCACCCGCGCCGCAGUGGUCAGCCUGGGGUGCCUGGUCUUCAUGCAGCACGACGUGUGGCGAGGGACUCCGAAGGGGGACAAGAGAGAGGGGGCAGGAAACACAGGACGCGUCUGAGGAAUGCAGAGUCCAGGCGUGCCAGCAGGUGGUCCCUGUCAGAUGUACUGAGUGGUCUACCUGGGGCGAUUGCCACGCGCGCACUAAGAUGUGCUACCGGACACGCGAAAACGUCGCGGGAGAAACAUGUGAUGGCCCAAACUACCAGCGGUCAGGCUGCUCCCAGCAGAACUGUCUGGGUAAAGUCAAGGCUGAAGGGUACAAGGAAAACCUUCACAGAGAGCUGAGGCAACAUGACGAACAACAGGCAGAGGAGGCUCAGCAGAGCCAACAGGAAGCACUGGAAAACCGACUUAGUCAAGAGCAAGAGGAGGCCGAGGCAAAAGAUUAUCUAAACCUCUUCACCGAGCUGAAGACAGACAGCCAAAGUUCUUCGGAUGAAGAUUAUCUAAACCUCUUCACCGAGCUGAAGACAGACAGCCAAAGCAGUUCAAGUUCUUCGGAUGAAGAUUAUCUAAACCUCUUCACCGAGCUGAAGACAGACAGCCAAAGCAGUUCAAGUUCUUCGGAUGGAGGACUAAUUGACCAAUACUUCAACAAGGAGACGGGACGUUUUUUCGGCGAUGUAGAUACCCUUACCGGUUUGGACUACGUAUUGGAAAGCGAAACUGUCGAUGAGUGUGCCAGCAAGUGUCUGGAUAUCUACCCGAAAUGUUUGUCCUUCAACUACCGACCUGCCAACUCGGGUGAAGAAGAAGCAACAUCCAAAUGCUGGUUAGAAAAAGAAAACAAGGACACACACAUGGACAAUGAAGAUUGGGAGAAGUGGCCACAUCGCAACUACUACCAAAGGAAAGAUUUUUUGCUAUACUUCACCGAGAUGGAGGGUAAGUUUUUCGGCGACAGUGAUACUUUGAUCAAUGGGGGCUACGACAGCAUCUCGGCCGAAGAGUGUGCCCGCAGGUGUCUGGAGGGUUAUGGGGAUUAUGACGGUGUCAGCCCAGAAUGUAAAUCCUUCAACUACCGACCUGCCAACUCCGGUGAAUCAGCCAUAUUGCUGAAGCAACCAGCCAAAUGCUGGUUACACCGCGAGAACAGGAAAACACACCCGGACAAUCCUGAUUGGGAGAAUUGGCCACAACGCAACUACUACGAAAGGAAAGGUGCACCUCUCACAUUCUUCAAGGAGCCGGAAGGAAGGUUUUUUGGCGAUGCAUCGACUAUCAUAAAAACCUAUCACGCCAUCACUGUCGGUGAGUGUGCCCGGAGGUGUCUGAAGGGCUAUAGGGACUAUGACGGUGUCAACCCGAAAUGUAAGUCCUUCAACUACCGACCUGCCAACUCGGGUGAAUCGAACCCAUUAUCCGAAUGCUGGUUACACAGCGAAAACAAGUACACACACUCGAGAAGUCCUGAAUGGGAGAAUUGGGAACAUCGCAACUACUAUCAAAGGAAAGCUGCACAAGUGACAGCGGAGAGCGAAGUAGAACAAUUAGAGGAGGAAAUAGAACAAGCACAGCAAAGGAAUGAGCAGGCUCGGCAGAAACAGAGUAGACAGAGGAAUGGUCCAGGAGCGCAAAGGGAAGAGCCAGAGGAGCCAGUAGAUGAACAAGCAAAUGCCUUUGCCGUGUAUGGGCUGUGGUAUGGGGCAGCUCCAAGAGGAAGAGCCCCAUCGCUAGCUGCUUUCUGUGUGCUUGUAGCUGCCAUACUUCUCUUGACAUCGGCUCUCUUCUAGGACAUAGAGUCUCAAGAAAAAAUUAGCAAGCAUAAAUACAUCUAAAGACGCACUAGGUGGUUAUAGUUGUAGCUUAGAGUGACGGCAUCAGUCUUUAAGAGAACUUCGGGCUGUUCAAGUUGUCAUCAACGUAAGAUUCUUACUAUCUGUUGCUUUUACACAGUCACACACACACACACACACACACACACACACAUGCACAUCUACAUACACACAGUCUAUCAAUCUCAAGUAAUAAUUAUGACAUAUUGUAUAAAUUGUGAUUUUUUUCUAUUGUGUUCUUUCUGUAAUGUUUUGCUUCGACGUUUUAGAUCCCUACUGUCAUGUGUAUUGCUCAAAAUUGACAAUAUUUCUACUGUGCUUCAUGUAUAUUUACCUUUAUUGCUGUAAGUCUGAUGUUUUGGUGAACCUAAAGGUAUUAAAUGCGUGUACCAUUUAAA